CCUACGUUCCUGGAUCCGGAGCCUCAUUGCUCUUACCUUUCGUGAGCCUCAACCUCUUUGCCGUCAAAUUGUUGUUGUUUGACGUUCCUGGAUCCUUCUUACGUUCCUGCUUCCUUCCUAUGUUCCUGGAUCCUGAGCCUCAUUGCUCUUACCUUUCGUGAGCCUCAACCUCUUUGCCGUCAAAUUGUUGUUGUUUGACGUUCCUGGAUCCUUCUUACGUUCCUGCUUCCUUCCUAUGUUCCUGGAUCCUGAGCCUCAUUGCUCUUACCUUUCGUGAGCCUCAACCUCUUCGCCUCAUUGUUUGACGUUCCUGGAUCCGUCAUACGUUCCUGCUUCCUUCCUACGUUCCUGGAUCCGGAGUGACAGACGUCGCAUCAUAGACACAGAUAAAGUGCACGGAAUUUUUGUCGAUAUACGGUGUUUUUUCAACUGUUCUGUCGUCUUACAAGUUGUCAACUUAUCAAACGAGAUAAUGAAGAAGACAACCAACUUCUUUCCCGGAAAGACUAUGGUGUCUUUCAGGAAGGGUCCAUCAGGUCAUCUGCGGCAGGAUCCCUCUGACGAGGCCAUGCGGAUCAAAAAGAACCCUUCUCUUGAGGACAAGUCUCCCCCUCAGAGACAUGACCUUGUGAAGACCAAUGCUCUCACUGUGGUCUUUGAGCGGGGAGGGGAUGUGUCUGACCGACUGGAGGUGAUGGGGGAGUAUGUGCUGCAGUUUGGCAAGUACAAGGGUAAAUUGUUUAGGUGGCUCCUGGAAAAUGAUGUUGGCUACACCAUCUACCUGAUGAAAAAGGUAGAGGAGGAGGAGAGAGAUGGGACCUUCAACCCUCAGGGACACAACAAGGACAGCCUGCUGUCAUUUCUGGACUAUGCCAGGAGCUUCCAGGAAAUUAGGGACCUCAGGGAGUAUCUAGCUUCCAGGCUGCCUGCGCCACCAGUGGCAUCAGAGGGUGACAAUACUGUCGGCUUUGGAGCCAGGGCAAAGGACACCUGGAGGCAGAUCUGGGAGAGCAGGGCAGACGGAUAUGCUGCCUUCAUCGUAGGAGUAAAGUGCAUCAAAAACAGCAAGAUGUACAACCUGCAGCAGUACAUCCUCAAGCAGCAGAGGGCUGAGUCUGGGGAGUCCUGUCCACCACCUGCAGGAGUCUCCACUACAUCAGCUGCCCCUACACCGCCUACAUCUAGCAUUCUAGCGAUGGAGGAAGACGAGGAGUUGGAGAGGGGGAUGCUGAAUCUGUCUCCCUGUAAAUUUGCCACUGAACUAAGACCAGCAGCAUUCUCCAGAGCCCGGCUGUGUCUCCACCAACAGGUUUUUCUCCAUCGGUCCAGGCUGAAGGCCCCGCUGCCAGCCCCUUCUACCUCCUCAGCUCAGAUGAUAUGUGGACUUCAGCAUGUGGAGCCAGGCUGUCGUCAUGUUGUGUUAAAUUGUGACAAGCACAGGGUACAGCCCAACAUCCCAGCUGCUGUAGCUAUGGAGACCAAGGAUCACUGCCCUGCUGCUUUGGUGGCCACAGACUCUCAGGAGACCAGUGAAGAUCCAGUUGGAGUGGUGCUGAUCACACAGCUGGAGUGGUCUUUCAGCAGGGCUCCGGUCCCAGCGGUCCCAGCACACAGCUGCUACCAGAGGCAGUCUUUCAUGGAUACAGGUCAUUCAAAUGACCUACCUACCAUCCUCCUACAGACCAGGUAA